UACUCUUGUAAUACCAGCCACUCGUACAGUCGCUGGUGUGAGUGGAGGUUGUCAGCAUAAAAUCCCAAAACUCGGUAGCAUGUAAGAGAAGAACCAUGGCGAAGGCGAAACCCAACUUGAUCUUCGCAUACGGCACACUGAAGCGAGGAUUUCCCAACCAUGGUUUAAUGCAAGAUCUGAAAACCAAUGACGACCUCGUUUUUAUGGAUACAUCCCACACGGAGGAUCCAUAUCCUCUAGUCUGCGGACCCCAGGGGAUACCGUACCUGAUCAACUUACCCGGGUCGGGUCAUUGCGUGAAGGGCGAGGUCUACGCUGUGUCAGAUGACGCGGUGGUCAGGCUGGACGAAUUCGAAGGUGUGAAAUAUGGGUAUUACGAACGGAUUCCGGUAGUGGUUGUGACGGAUGGAGGGGAGAAGGUGAAGGCGGAAGGGUAUUUUGGGCAUAGAAACUUUGGGGAGAUUUUGUGGAAGAAGAAGGGUCAGGUUGGGUUGAUAGAAUAUGGGGAGAAUGAAGCGAAGGAGUAUGUGAAGAAAGAGGAUAGACCGGGAGGUAAAAACAGUAUUCUUGAUAUCUUAAUUCCUUAGUUUCUGUUAUGUUUGGUCUUCUUCCAAAAGAAUAAUUUGUUGUUCCUGAACUGUAACUACAGUUUAUUGGAUUUCAUGUUUUCAUGGACUAUGAUUGUAUGAUUCUAUGUAUUAUUUAUGUGAUUAAUUACUCUAAUAUUUGAAGUUAAUUUGAA